AUGCCUAAAAGCUCAGUCAGCUUGGGUAAUGUGAAUCCAUGGAGUAACAAACCUUAUAUUAAGCUGGAUUUUAAAGAAGAGGAGGUGGUUUAUUCUGAAGAUGGAAUGGCUAUAAGGUUAAAUGAAGAUCUGGAGAAGAUGAACUCAAAAAAGUUGUCCAAUUCAUUGGUAAUUAAGGUAUUUGGGAAAAAUUUACCUUCUCAUUUGGUGGCUUGGGAGAUAAGGAAACAAUGGAUUCAAUUCGGACAAUUCCACUUUACUACAUUGGGUAGAGGAUGGUUCUUAUGUUCUUUCUCAUCGGAAGAAAUGGUUGAAGCAGUUCAUUCAGGUGGCCCUUGGUUUGUAAAUAAAUAUAUAGUAGGUAUGGAGAAGUGGACUUCGAAUUUUACUACUCCAUCUAUUAAGGGGCUCUCUUCUCCAAUUUGGAUUAGAAUUCCCCUUUUACCUUUGAAAUGUUGGGAUGAGAAGAAUGUAGCUUGUAUUGCUUCAAGAAUUGGAAAACCACUUAUGUUGGAUGGUAAUAUGUUCCAUUGGGGAAGGAGGGAAUUUGCAAGAGUAUGUGUAAGAAUUAAGCUUGAUCAACCUCUUCCAAUAGGUGUUUGGGUGGAUAGCAUGGCGGGAAGGUUCUUCCAAAAUGUCGAAUAUGAAAAGGUUUCUAACUUUUGCUUUGUAUGUGGAAAGAUUGGACAUGUGAAUAAGGAAUGUGGUCAAAAAGUAAAUAAUCCUAAAGGAGUAGAUGUUGCUGAUGGAAUUGGUAGAGAAAAUGAUGUGGGAAGGAAACAAGAGGCUUUGAUAGAACCAUCCUAA